GCCUCUCGUGUUCUUAUCAUGCAUCACUGCUAAUGGGUAUUAUUAACAUAAUUAAGCACAGCUUAGUGCUUUGUGAUGUCUUAAUCAUCACUGAAAUAUAAACUGAGGUCUGUGGAGGUGGGCACGGGGAUCUAGUACUAGUAGUCCCUUAUCCACUGGCUGCUUUGCAUAAUGAUCCUCUCUGAAAUAUACAGCAGCAGCAGCAGCAGCAGCAGCAGAGCAAAAAACCAAUGGAAAUGAUGCAGAGGCAAACAAAAUGAGGACAUGGUAUUACAAUAUGUUGUGCUUGCAUACUAUCCCUCCUCCAUUUCUCGAAGUCUUAAAUCGAAAAUUUUAAUAUGAGUAGAUCACUCCGUCUGGACCGGUUACAUAUUCUCGAUCUUGUUUCGGUGUGGCUAGACUAGUCUAGCUUGAUUCAGGUGAUAAUGGUUCUUUUACUUGCUUGAAAAAAAACCAUUUUAUUUCAGUUGUGAUUGAUUGUCUAUGAGAUGGGAUGAUGUUUGUUUUGACAGAUUUAGCUCAGGUAGUUUGCUUUUGAAGGUUUGUCUGUGCUGCUUAUCUGGUUUUAGGCCAGGAAGGAAGGAAGCCAGUGGUUUAGUUAGUGGGUUCGCUAAAGAUUCUGCCCAAAACCAUGGGUGGGCUGCCUAGUGCCUGGUGCUAAAGGUGUACAGAUCCAAGACCGUUCGUUGUAUGUAAAUCCCAAUUUACUUUCAUCUAGGGAUGGGAAAGGUCGAAAGGAUUCGGACUUAUAUCGAAUCGAAUUGUAUCGAAUCGAAUUUUUGGACGGAAUCAUAUUAAAUAUGUUUUGAUUGUGCAAAUUAUUUUAAGUAUUAAAAGAAAAGUGGAUUGAAUUUAAAUUUGGACGGAACCAAAUAUGCUUUUGAUUUAGUUUUUAUCCUCGAUUUUCCUUUGGUUUUGAUUACUGUCUUUCCUCGAUUUGAUUUGGUUCUGGAUCGAAUCAAUGCCCACCCUUGCAUCCUUUGAUUGGGACACAUGUCCUCCAAAGAUGGAUGGACAGAUGGUCCUACAUGUAGAGAUGGGGCAACGGUAGAUCCAACCCAGAACUGGAUCGAAUCAUGAUAGAAUCAUUUAUCAAAAGGAUGAAAAAUCAAUAUAUUUGGUUCAUUUUAUUCAAUUUGGUCAUGUCUAAUUAAUUUUCGAUCCUUUUUUUUCCUUCAUACUUAAAUAACUCAUAUUAUCGAAAUUGAAAUAACUAAUUCGACCCAAUUCGAUCCAAAUAUCAAUUCGAUACGAUUUAUAUAGUAUGUACCGGAUUGUUGCCUACCCUUAUCUACAUGCACCAGCAAGGACUUGGACCUGUAAACGAAAUUGAGGAUCCAUGAACCCUCCCACAACUUUGGACCUCCAAACUAAGCCCAACUAAUUAGGGGCGGCAAAAGCAUCAUUGUACACCUACGGAUUGUUGCCCGUAGGUGUACAAUGAAGCAAGAUGUCAAACAAUUUGUCGAAAUAAGACACCUGACAAAUUUAAAUAAUCGCCGAGAGAUAUGACAUGAAGUUCAUGAUCAUUAUUUGGAGGUUACCUCAUCAUGAAUACAAAGUAAAUUAUUCUUACUUAUACUGUUAUACAAGGACUAACUACCAACCAAUCUUUCAGUAGCACUAGGCCGAAGGAACCCAAAAGUAGUUCCAUGCAUAUUUCACUCAAAGCGGACAAAAUUGUACUAACGGAAACCUCCCGCGGUUCGACGACGUAAAAUAUGUGUUUGCCUAGUGAUAGACUAUAGUUGCCCCGUUGACUGCAUAUACAUACAGAAGUAUCACUUCCAAGUCUACUGUUCGAAAGCUUCCAAUUCCUUUUCUUUUGGGUCUGUUAGAGUUGUGGCUCUAAAAGGGCACACUGAGUGCCGUCAGUUUUAGGUAAUGAAGAAGACCGGCGUUUCUCUGACGCGAACACUGAUUGCCGUCCGUUUUGAGUCGAACAACAACAACAACAACAAUACAAGAUCCAAAACCCCAGCCCCUGUUCUUCACGAAGAAGACCGACUUUGACUUCUGCAGCAACCAACACACAGACAAAAUCAUCAGCAACGACCGAAUCCCACACCACACAAACAUUACUUGGAUAACAUUCACCACUACCCUGUUUAUAAAAAUCAAAGCUUUACAAUAAUCCAGAGCACAGCACAAAUUCAACCAAAACCCACCAAUCAAAAAUGGCUCCAAAUCAUGAAUCCCCUGUUUCUUCUGCUUCUUCCAUUUCACAUUCAGUACUAGUGAUUCUGCAGGCCAUCCUGAUCCUUCUGCUUCUUCCUUCCGCCACCGCCUCCUCACCGUCAUCAACUGCUCGGCGAGAAGCAGAGGCUUUGCUGGAAUGGAAAGCCAGUCUCAGCAAAACCCAUCCCCUGAUGUCAACCUGGGCUCCAUUUUCCUCUCCCUGCAGCACCACCGCCGCCGCCGCCUGGUACGGAGUCCACUGCAACCGAGCCGGGCGGGUUCACCGGUUGAACCUGACCGGCUCGGGCAUCGAGGGCACUCUCGAUCGGUUCCCGUUCUCCCGUCUCCCCAAGCUCGCCUACAUGGACCUCUAUCAGAACCGGCUCUGGGGCUCGAUCCCGACUCGACUCGGUGUCCUCUCGCGCCUGGUCUACCUCGACCUGUCCGCGAACCGGCUCAACGGGACGAUCCCGCCCGAGAUCGGCCGGCUCGCAAACCUCGAGACCCUCCACCUCGUCGAGAACCAGCUGGUCGGACCGGUUCCUGACGAGAUCGGCCGGCUGGUUAACCUGAGGGAGCUCGCCCUGCACAGCAACCGGCUGGACAGUCCGCUCCCGGCUUCGAUUGGGAACCUGACCGGCCUGGCUUUUCUUUACCUCUACAACAAUUCCAUCUCGGGCCGCCUCCCCGAUGAGAUCGGGAAUAUGUCCGGUCUGGUCGAGUUCUAUAUCGACACGAAUAACCUGACCGGUCCGAUUCCGUACAGUUUCGGUGGUUUGCGGAAUCUCGCCCUGUUCUACGCUUUCGAGAACCAGCUUUCGGGUCCGAUUCCUUCGAGUUUCGGGAACCUGGCUUCGCUUCGGAAUCUGAGCCUUCACUCGAACCGCUUCUCGGACCGGAUUCCACCGUCCCUUGGCGGUCUGUCAAGUCUCGUCAUGCUUCACCUCUAUGGAAAUCGGCUUUCCGGCUCGAUUCCGACGGAGCUGGGAAACCUCAACGGCCUGGUUAAUUUGGAUUUGAGCAGGAACCGACUCAACGGUUCGAUACCUUCCUCCUUUGACCGACUCGUCAAUUUGAAACUGUUGUUCCUUUCCGGUAAUCGGUUAACCGGUUCGAUCCCUCCGAGGAUCGACAACUUGUCGAUGCUGAUCGAACUUCAGGUAUUCGAUAACCAGUUGACCGGUUCGAUUCCUCCGAAUUUGUGUGGGUCCCUUCGCAGAAUUGGAGUCAACGGGAAUCGCCUCUCCGGUCAAAUCCCAGCGAGCCUGAGAAACUGCUCCAGCUUGGAAAGAGUCGUGUUUCAAGGGAAUCGUCUCCGAGGAAACAUUUCCGCCAUUUUUGGCAUCUAUCCGAAGCUCAAGCUAAUCGAUCUCAGCAACAACGAAUUCGACGGUGAAAUUUCAGCCAAUUGGGGCAACUGUCCACAGCUCACCACGUUCAAAAUUGCAGGGAACAAUGUCACCGGCGUGAUCCCGCCGGAGCUCGGAAAGGCAACUCGCUUGCAAGCCCUCGAUCUCUCGUCGAACAACUUAGUCGGCGGAAUUCCGAUCGAGAUCGUCGAUUCCCUUCCCCUAACGACGCUGAUUCUUUCAGGGAAUCAGCUCUCCGGCUCCGUACCUCCGGAGAUCGGAACAAUGCCCGAUAUCCGGUAUCUCGACUUGUCAUCGAACAGACUCGGUGACGAAAUCCCCAUGGAAACAGGGAAAUUGGUAAAUCUGUUCUACUUGAAUUUGAGCAGGAACGAAUUCGGCGGGAAAAUCCCGGCUGAAAUUGGGGAUCUGGAGCACCUGUCGCAGCUAGACUUCAGCCAAAAUUCGUUAUCCGGAGAGAUCCCUCGGGAAUUCUCCAAACUCGUGGACUUAGAAGAUCUCAACCUCUCCGGCAACCAGCUGACCGGAGAAAUCCCAGCGACUCUAAGCGAACUCCGUGCGCUGAAAAACGUCGAUCUAUCAAACAACAAUCUCCAUGGACCAGUUCCUGAUAGCGUUGUUUUUGAAGAAGCCAAGCUUGGAGGGAACGAAGGACUCUGCCGCAGCCAUGGAGCUCCCACUUCCUUCCCGCAGUGCAGCAGCACUGGCUCUCGAACGAAGAAGAUCAAAAUUCUCCUCAUCGCCUUGCUCCCGGCGCUAGGAGUAGCUGUGAUUUGCUGCGGCGCGGCGAUGUGGUGGAAGCGCGGAACAGGGGAGGGACGAAAACAGGGGAAAACAGAGGAGGAUUCUUCGAUGCUGCUGUUCGCUUCGAUCGCCGACGGGAAGUUGUUCUACGAGGAAAUCAUCAAAGCCACGGGGAAUUUCAGCGAGGCCCACUGCAUCGGAGAAGGCCGAUUCGGGACCGUCUACAAGGCGGAGCUGUCUUCAGGAACCACCGUCGCCGUGAAGAAAUUCAAGUCCCGGCACGAAACCGGCAGAGAAAGCGAGCUUGACGACGGCGAUCAGAAGGAAUUCCGGAACGAGAUCGACGCGUUGAAGGAGAUAAGGCACCGCAACAUCGUGAAGUUCCAUGGCUUCUGCGCCCACCCUCGCCACUCGUUCCUCGUGUACGAGUACGUUCAGAGAGGCAGCCUGGCGUCGGUCCUGAGGCACGACGAAGCCGCCAUGGAAUUCGAUUGGAAGAAACGCUACAACGUCGUGAAAGGUGUGGCCGAUGCCUUGGCUUACAUCCACCAUGAGUGCACCCCUCCGAUCGUCCACAGAGACUUGUCGAGCAACAACGUGCUCCUCGAUUCGGAGUACGAAGCCCACGUCUCCGAUUUCGGGACGGCCAAGCUUCUGAAGUUGGAUUCCUCGAAUUGGACCGCGGUUGCAGGAACCUAUGGUUAUAUCGCACCAGAGUUUGCGUACACGCAGAAAGUGACGGAGAAGAGCGAUGUGUACAGUUUUGGAGUGGUCGUGUUGGAGGUGAUGAAAGGGAGUCAUCCGAACGAGCUGUUCGAUGCGAUCUCGAUGAAGACGGAGAUUGAGAUGAAUGAGAUGUUGGAUCCACGACUGUUGCCUCCCCCGCCACAGGUCGAGGAUAAAUUGAAGUUCGCUAUCAACAUGGCUUUCUUAUGUUUAGACAAAGAUCCAAAUGAGAGGCCAGAUAUGAGGAUGCUUUCUCUCGAAUUUGCUAAACAAAGCUAUAACCCAACCUGAAAACUUUGUACAUGUGCUUUUAAGGUUUGCUAUUUGGUUCGGUUACGGGUUAAUUUGUGAUUGGUAUUAUCGGUCAACCGUUAACCAAACAAGAGGUUCUGACAGUCAACGUGUUUAAGGUUAUCGGUUAUUCGGCUGCCACUGGUUCGGUGCGAUUUAUUUUAUUGAUUGUUCGAUAAAUCGGUAACACAUCGUUUGAUUGAUAACUAAUGAAAUUUGAAGGCCGAGUGAGUGCAUCAAUUUUAACUAUCACGGAUACUAAUUUGAUUUCCAAUACGAUCUGGCCAUUUCCAUCCCGUGAUUAGAUAAUCUUGGUGUGGGGGCAAUUUGAGAGGUGGGUGGUUUCCGAGUAGAGACUUGGUGUGUGUUUCUUUCGACGUAGGUGAUCUGAAUAAUACCAUGAAUAUAAAUUGCUACAUGUCAAAUCAAUUGACAAAUAAUUGGAUAGGAUGCAUGUGUCUUUCAAGUUUGAAUAUGAUAUCAUGGUGCUAAGUACAUCAAGCACGCAAUUUAUGUAUUAAAAUCUCUAAAAGAAAGCGUCAUAUUAUUGCUAGGGAUUGACCUAAACUCUAACCACUGUCCUAGGGCUUACACCAACUGAAGACAAACUGAGAGAAGUUAUUCGCUUAUCUCGUCUGAAACAACGACAUCGAAUAGUUGACUAGAGCAACUUUCCUCUUGGAUUUUUUCAAUUGGACACCAAGAGCAACCUAUCUCUAGCAUCAAGGAACUCGACAGGGUAGGGAUCUGAUACAUCAAGAUUUCGGAGGUCGGGUCGUAGUUCAAUUUCGUCAUUUGUUUCUCUUAAUACGAGACAAGAGGUGCGCCCCUAAAAAGAUCGGACAACAACCAUUGGAAUAUUACACAAACAUGUUUCAUUUCAGAGCGGAUAUAAUUUCGUUCUUGUUUUCAAUGUAUUAAGAGAACAUUGUCAUCGAAAAUAAUGACUAACCUCUCUUCGCACGUGAUCGUACAAAGCGGUAAAUGAUUGCCCACAAAGUGAAAUUGUGGCAUAAUUUUUUUUUUUUGUCAUUAUAAAGUUAUAUUUUUUAU